UUAACACGGGCCAAAGUUAUCCCGGAAUAAGACAAGCACGCAUGUGCAGCCAACCCGGAUGUGGAUCCCCCUCAGAUAGUAAACACCGAACGCAGGGUUAAAAACGCCCCAAAGCCCAUUUUACAUGUUAUGUUGGCGAAGAGGAAGUACUUGUACAUCUAUGCGUAGUCACGGUGAGAAGAAGCACAGAACAUUGUUUUUUUUAAAAAUUUAUUUACCCCCCUUUCAGGACCGCCGAGUGAGCCAGUCUAAGUAGCGGACUAUGGACCCUCGAGGCCGGAGACACGAGCGAGGCAGCAACUGGACCGACCCGGAGAUCGUGGAGCUCCUCCAGCUGUGGUCCGACGAGUCCGUCCAGAUAGAACUGGAGAGCUCGCUGCGCAACCAGCGUGUGUUUGACCGCAUCGCGCUGGUCCUGCGCGAAAAGGGCAUCUACCGCUCAGGCGACCAGUGCCGGGAGAAGAUCAAGAAGAUGAAACUGGAGUACCGGCGCAUCAAAGACAACCACAAGUUGAGAUCGUGGAAAUUCUACGACGUCAUGGACUGGGUGUUGGCUAAUCGGCCGGCGGUCACGUACUCAACUUUAGGUGGAAGCGUGGUGGCUCAGCAGGUGUUUCAGAGCCCGUGUGGGAGUGACUCGUACGUGCCAGGGAGUUCCUCCGCAGGCGCCUUCGGUCCGGCUACUUCUGGGGGGUUUCUGUUCGGUCAGCCGCCCAAAAUGGGAGAUCCACUGGACGUGAAGUGUGAGGAUGUUGAGGAAAGUCUGCUGAACACUGAUGUUCCACCCCCGGAAAUGUACUACAGAUCAGGAGAUGAGCAAGAAACUGAUGGUCAAUCCUUACCAGGGACAGAAGACACGUCGGGUCAAGGAGAACAUUCUCAUGGUCAUGCAAGGAUGUCACCUUCAGGUUUGACGGACCUGAACCUUGCUGGGUCUGCCUCCCAAUCUGGCAGUGCACCUGCGCCACAUGAAACAUUUAAGGAAGCAUCCCCUCCCUUGGCUUCCGUAAGACAGAGAAGGCGCCGGCGUGCGGGCAAGACCACAUGCGGCCACGGGAGCGGUAAAUGUGGCAGCAAUGGGCCUCUGGACAAAGCUCUGGCCAGUUUCCUUAUCUGGCAGAGGUGCGCUGAAGAUCGCCUCCUCUCCUUGGAGGAGGCGCGGCUGGAGAAGGAGUUGCAGGCUGAUGAGCGAAGACAACAGCAAGAAGAGAAGAGAGCGGAGCAAGAGCGCCAGCAUGAGCUGCGCCUGUUCAGCAUGCUUACCGGGGCUUUGGUUGCGGUCAGACAGGGUGAUGCGACGACAGCAAACGCAUCCAUGAACAUUUCCGUCUCUCCUCUAGAUCAUCAGUCAGCUUCAGUGGUGACACCAACGGCCUCCACUGCGCCGUCCUCGUCUCAAACACAUUCUCCAGCUCUCACUGCACACACUGUUUGCACUAAGGGGACAAUAAAGUCAGGUCAGUCCACCUCUGUCAAGUUCUGCACAAUACCCGUGGGUGGAUUGGCAACCGAGAGAGGUGUGAAGUCUACUAAACUCAGCGUGUACCUGUCCAAUCGUGGUAACAGUAUCCGACAGCACCAAGCCGUUCUCCAGGAGGGCUUUGCUCAGUACGAAGCAAACAGAUAUCACGACACGGACAACCCUAAUGGUUUCAUUAACAUGGGUACAAGUGAGAAUAAGCUCUGCUAUGAUCUUCUGCAUAAAAGGUUGACCCAACCUGAUAUGCUGCAUGUUGACCCAGUGCUGUUGCAGUAUGGUGACUGGAGGGGACAUGCAUUUUUGAGAGAAGAGGUUGCCAAGUUCCUGACUUACUUUUGCCAUUCUCCAAAGCGACUGAAAGCUGACAAUGUUGUGGUGAUGAAUGGUUGUAGUUCCAUCUUCUCCUGCAUUGCAGCAGUAAUUUGUGACCCAAAAGAGGCCAUUCUCAUUCCUAGUCCAUUCUAUGGCGUUAUUACAGAGGACCUGCAGCUGUAUAGUGAUGUCCAGUUGUUUCAUGUUCCUCUGGACUGUGAGGAUAAAGAAGGUCGAAUUUUCCACCUCACAGUAAGCAAACUGGAAGAAGGUCUACUGAGGGCUAAGCAAGAGGGGGUAAAUAUCCGGGGUCUUAUACUGAUGAACCCACACAACCCUCUUGCUGAGAUCUACACCCCAAAGGAAAUGCUGGCCUUUUUAGAGUUUGCCAAAAGAAAUAAGCUCCACGCCAUCAUAGAUGAGGUGUACAUGCUGACGGUGUUUGAUGAAUCAGUAACAUUUCACAGUGUCCUCAGUCUGGAAAGUUUGCCCGACCCACAGAGGACACAUAUAAUGUGGGGGCUGAGCAAGGACUUCGCAAUGGCUGGAAACAGAGUAGGCACACUGUAUACUGAGAACCAAGACCUUGUUGAUGCUUUGGCCAAGCUGGGCUCAUUCCAUGGCAUCUCUGGGACCACGCAGCACCAGGUCACGCAACUUCUUCAAGAUAGAGAAUGGAUCAGCAAGGAGUUUUUGCCCGAGAACAGAUGUCGAUUGAAAGGUGCUCACCGCUACGUGACAGAUGAGUUGCAGACAAUGGACAUCCACUACCUGGACAGGCCUGCUGCUUUGUAUGUCUGGGCUGACUUCAGAAAGUUCCUCAGAGCCCCAUCAUUUGAGGAAGAGUUGUUGAUGUGGCGCUGCUUCCUCAAACACAAAGUGGUAUUGAGCUGUGGCCAAGCCUUCUGCUGCUCUACACCGGGCUGGUUUCGAAUAGUCUUUGCUGACAAGCAGCACCACCUUCAACUCGGCCUAAAGAGAAUUCGAGAAGCUUUAAAAGAAAUAGAAGAAAGAAGUGCCAACACGGAGUCAUUCGUGACCAAAGAAGCCGGAGAGGAGAGCAAGAGAUCCGUGAAAGAGGACAGUGCACAGUCAAACAAUGCUGCGAUUGAAAAUUCUACAUCAUCCCCCCAGAGCAAGUCAUCGGGACAGCUGAAGAAGAAUGCGAGCCCUGUUCCUGUCACAGGCUUCCUGGGCCCUGAAGAGUUUGUGCUGCAGGACUACCAAGCUUAUAAGCCUGCAGAGAGCUUGGACUCUCUGAUUGGUACUCUCAAGCAUCAAAUACGCUCCUCUGAUUGGCUGGAAAAAAACACUCCAGAGCAGUCUGCAGGAGAGGACCCAGAGAGUUUUGAUGUGUUUAAGGCUCUGCUGGAGCGUGUACGGAAAUAAGCUUAGGAUAGUGGAGUUGCAGUAUGUUCACUGCCAAAAGUUUGACAUGAACACCCGGCAGGAGGAUGUAUUUUUUUUGUUUUUUUUGCAAAUCCCAGAGAAGGACAGAAGAAAAACACAGCAACUUUGAGAUAACUUUCUCUGCUUUAAAGUUUGGUGUUGAAGGGAGAUAAUUAAAUGAUCUUAAUAUGCAUAAUUAAUUGCUAAAUAUACUUAAACCAAAAUCACUGUCUGCUCUCCAAAUUCUCAUCAUGAUCUUCAUUAAAUGUAAAGUACAUGUUUUUUAUUUUAAUCUUUACUAUAAUGAGUCCUUGUGGUAUAAUUUUACACGCUGCUGCAUUUCGUGCCAGGGCCCUAACACCCAGCCUUUGGAGAUGUCCGUUGCCAGGAACUUGCCACAGGAAGUGAAUCUGGGGUUAAAAACAAAGACAAAUUAAAUCACUUACUGUGGUGACCCCUAACUGGAAAUGGUGAAAGACAAAAAAACCCAAAACUUUUUUAUGGGCCUUAUUUUUCCUGUUGCAUUUGUGUUUUAGUUUCUUCUUCUUAUUCGUAUUCUCCCAUCCAGUCUGCAGACACGCCCGCACAAGUAAGGCAGAAGUGCUUAAGUCUGGAAUGAAGGUGGGCACAUUAUUAAUGUGGCAACCUGUCUUUUUUUCUUGGCUUUGUAAAAUCAUGGAAGAUGGAGUUUUACUUACACUUGUGAAUGUCAUUGGAAUCAAUGAAAAAGUUAACACUUAAAAUUUGAAAAGGCCUUAUCAAUCCAGGUAGUUGUAACCAUGUGUAGAUGUGUCGCCAUGGUAAUGAGUGUAUGCACGCUACGACAGCUUCUUUAGCUUCCCUAAUGGUAUUUGUGAUGUUAAGAGUUCUGUUUAGUACACAUGUUUGUGAAGCAGUGACGCGCCAGAGGGGCUGAGUAGACAACGGUUUGUGUGUUUGUGUAUGUGCACAGCGCGGAGGAGCAUGACAGUUUCAUAUUAUCUUUGAAAAUAUAUCUCGAAUCAAUUGAUAGACGCUACAUUAUAUAUGUAUUUUCUAUUAAAUAAUAACUGUUCAAUGAAA